AUGGCGUCCUUUUGGUUCUUGGACACGUUGGCGUUACAUGUUCACCGGCAGAAAAAGACUCUGGACCAUUAUUACUUGAGUGUCUUGAUCAGCUGGCUCGCUGGAGAAAUGACACUGAUUCGAGAUAAGAAGCACUCGCGCGAAGAAUUUUUCAGAGAGUUGAAACAUAUGUUUCUCUUGGCAAGUAACAAGAUCGCCGAAGAGAAUCGGUUACCUUAUUGGGAUGAAAUCGAGUUGGCCGGAAGUACGGAAGAAACUGACAUGGAGAACGAGGGCAAUCGUCCGGCAAACGAUAGAGAUUCAACUGCAAAGUAUGUUGUACAAAGGGUCGACGUAUUCUUCAGCAGCCUAGAUCCGCUUUUCGUCUUAGAUAUCGUGAUCCGAUCUACCUACGACAUGUACGCUAACGAGUUACGUUACUACCUCGUCUAUGCAGUUUUCGUGGAACCGAUAGAGGUGCAAUCUUAUCAGCUGCCGUUCAACCUUCGAACGCCACGUCCGGUAAAACUCGGGGAAUCGGAGUCGAUGCCUUUUAAUAUGCGACUUUACCAGAAAUUCAGUGCUAUGAGACCGACGGAAGGAUCCAAGAAAAUGGCGAAAAAGACGAAAGGGAAAGGGAAGAAAACAGGUCGACACGAAGUGCCAGAGACUCCUAUACAUUCGCCCACCGAUGAGGAAAACUUGGCGAACAAACGACAAUUUAUUCUGCCGCUGAUAGAAGCAAACGAGGCGGUGCAAAUGUUUGAAAUGCUCAAAGACGACGUUUAA